UUGAGUUUUGUUGAACUGUACAGCUGCUCGGAUGGAGAUGGCACUCUGGUAGCGUGAAGCUGGGGAAGUUUACUGACUCUUUAAUUGGAGUGACUUGGACACACCAGAGCACAGCUGGACAGAUCAGACCCUCUCAGAGGAUGGAGGAGGCAACUCCAGUCAAGGUAUCAGUGGCUGAACUGGCUGGGAAGUUCAAAAGUCAUCCACUGCCAAUGCCAGGGAAUUCUGAGAGAAAACCUGUUCAAAGGAGCCCUCCAUGUUCUGUGCAAUUACACGACCAGAUGGAUUGUGAGAGUGAUAAGGAGAAACCGACUAUUACACCUCAACCUCCUCCAAAGACCAAGCUGAAGAAUUCUCCCCUCAUAGAGAAACUGCAGGCCAAUCCCAUAUUGUCACCUAAUAUACUGCUCAACUCGGCUAAAAGUCCAGAAGGGAAGCAACAGGCUGUACCAUUCUGUCCCAUCAGUCCCCAGAGUCUCACCCUGAGGCCCUCUCAGCAGCAAGGUGCCAAUGAGGUGCCCAUCAGCUUUGAGCAACCAGCUGAGGGCACCACACUGCCCAGCUUCAACAAGAGUCGAGUCCGGCUGUCUUUUAAGCGGCGGCCACCCACACGCCAGCGCAGGAAGUCAGCAGAUGAAGAGGGGGGUCCAGACACACCUGAGGAAAACAGGUCUUCUUGUGAUCUGCACAGUCCUGAUGACACUCCUGACAAGAAUGGCAAUACUAAGGAUGCGUUGAAUGUUGCUCAGGAAGAGACACACGAGAGCCAGGAAGACUCUGCUCCUUCCAUCACUGUACAAGACACAGAGCUGCAGGAAGAACACAAUGAUGUGACCAAGGACAUUGAGGGUACUGAAGACACUGAAGGGGAGAACAAGGACAAAGAACAAGUAGCAGAGGAAAAGAGCUCAGGAGAUCCUGAGGCUUCAGAAGCUGUGGACAACCAACAAGAGAAAAAGGCACUUGAGGAACAUAGUGUAGAGGAGAUGGAAGGAUCAAAAACAGAAGAAGAAACUUCAGGACAGUCUACUGAAGAGAACAUGGAUGCAGAGGAUCAAGAUCAGGAUCAAGCUUCUGCAGACUGAGAUGGACAAAAAUAUAGCUGUGAAAGGUAGAGAGUGCAAUGGAGGACAUCUACCAGAGGAAGAACACUGGCCAAAUGCAGAGACUUGUGUUUUAUAACAUUGGAUGAGCAGAAAACAAAGUGUGUAUUAAAUGUGGGAAGGAUAUAAACCUUUCCUGAUCUUUUUUCUUCUCUUUCUGGAUCAUGACACCAGUGUACACUUCAGAACCUGAUAUCGUGUAGCUUACAAAUGUAGUCUUUAAACUGUCAGUAGAAUGCAAUGGCAUCAGAGUGGUGCAGAUACUGUUAAGGAGUAACGAUGUUGCUAGCGGCUCUUACUAAACCUCAAAUACUAUGCAAAGUAUGUAAUGUGACAGAGCAGGUUUUAACCUCUUUAAAAAUUAAGCAACUGUAACUAUGCAAACAGUCCUUCGGGACCUGAUGAUAAUUUGUUGGAUAAGACUGACUAUAGAGCUUUAUUUAAGGCCUUUUUUGGAUUCAGUUUUAUAUACCUUGAAUUAUUAUUUCAUGUUAUUAUUGAUGACGCAUUGGUGGCACAGUGGUUCUAUAAUACCAAAAAGCUUACAUCUAGCAGCCGAAAGGGUUUCUUUGUCAGAAAAGGUUCAAAGUUCAAGUCUAACUUGAACCCCAUUCUAAGGCUAAUAUUAUUAUGCAUAAGGAAUAACACAGGGGUGGCACGGUGGUGUAGUGGUUAGCACUGUUGCCUCACAGCAAGAAGGUCCUGGGUUUGAGCCCAGUGGCUGAUGAGGGCCUUUCUGUGUGGAGUUUGCAUGCUUUUCCCAUGUCUGCAUGGGUUUCCUCAGGGUGCUCCGGUUUCCCCCACAGUUCAAAGACAUGCAGGCUAGGCUAAUUGGUGGCUCUAAAUUGACCGUAGAUGUCAGUGUGAAUGGUUGUCUGUGUCUAUCAGUGCGUUUACAUGCACAUCCAAAUUGAGCUAAGGGUCCCAGCAGGGGUGCCAGAGAAAUCCAAUCCUACAUGCACACAAGGAAAUCGAGCUAUUGUGUGAGGUACAUUGUGCACCUGAGCCACAGGUGGCGCUACACGCCCCAUCGUGUUGGUACACUUCCGGUUGUCGUCAUGAAGAAGAGCUAUUCAAGCGUAUAAACAAAGUUAUCAGUUCCGUGUCCACAAGAAGAACGACGACGAGGACAGCAACAUCGAGAUGUAUAUAUUCAACUCCUUAAGCUGAAUGAGUGUGAACUCUAUCUCCUCAUUGCUCCAGAAGUGCACGUUUCUACUACUGUUGUCAUGCCAACCGAGGCUGUUGUGUUUCCCGCUUGUGGUCUCGUCACUCGUCACUUCCGGAAGGGGCAGUGCUGAAGUAAGUAGCUCGACUACGUAGCUCGAUAGGGUUUACAUGCACUAAAUAGCUCGGCUACAAUCGCAUAAUCUAGGUCGCAUAGCUCGAUUACGAGAAAUCCAGUUUGGUUCGAUUUCAGCCGAGCUAAGGUGUUUCCAUGGCAUUUAGAACUUCGAUUUCAGUUGAGCUAUGGCAGAAAUUCGAUUUUCUCUAUGUGCAUGUAAACGCACUGUAUGUGUCAGCCCUGCAAUGACCUGGCGACUUGUCCAGGGUGUACCUCCAGCUUGCAAGCAACCUAGCAGCUACAAAUAAUGGAUGGAUGGAUAAGGAAUACACACAACAGACCGUGCUGUUAUACAAAAAUAAUGCACAACUCCUGACAUAUCGGAUUUGAGAAUGAACAAACACUUAACUUCUGAAACUGUUGUUGCCACAAGGUGUUGAGUUUGACUCCCAGAACAACCAGAAAUUCAGCUAUUCAGCUCUAUGAUAAGGUUGGAUUUUACUUCACUUGUAAGUUGCUUGGGCUAAAACUGUCUGCCAGAUGAAUAUAUGUAAAUGGGUUAGUUUUUAUUAUUAGGUUGCCAUGCUGCUCUUAAAAACGUAGGGUUAAGGAAUACAAUGAUUGAUUGCUUUUUUUUUUUAAACUGUAGCACUCUGAUGUCCACAAUGGGGCAGUCAAGCAAGUUUAAUGUAAACUUAACAGUUUUUCCAUUGAUAGAAAACAACUGAAAGUGACUGUAGCAAUGCGUGUGAUUAAUAACUGCAUAAACACAGUUUUUGGUAAAAUGUGAUCAACUUGUAAAAGAGUAAUAAUGACAACAACAAAAUAUGGUUAUUUAUGAGAGUUGACAAGGUUUUGUUUGGUCUUCACAAAACCAGUAUCGCACUGUAAAAUUCACCAUGGUUUAAAUCAGUAAAUUGGCUUUUUGAUACCUCGAAUCUUUCUCCA